AUGAGAGCCCCGCCACUUACCCACAACGGCUUCACUGCCGUAAUGGCGGUUCUCAUUGCUUUCUUGUCUGUAGUAUCUGCUACUCCUCCAUCCUCCUCCUUCUUCCAUUUCACAGACUUCACUCCACUCACCCUGGACCAAUUGGCCACAAACGCACGCGACAUGUUCUACCAUGGAUGGUCAAACUACCUUCGUAAUGCCUUUCCAGACGAUGAACUUAGACCCCUCACCUGUGAAGGCCUCUCCAAAGACGAAAACGAUCCUUCAAACAUUGGCGUCAAUGAUGUCCUUGGUGCCUACUCGGUCACCCUCAUCGAUGCUCUCGACAUGUUCCCCAUUCUUGGAGACCAACAAGGCUUUGAACGAAACGUCGAUCGUGUCCGCAAAUACGUCUCAUUCAACGUCUCCUCUACCGUCCAGGUCUUUGAAACUACCAUUCGUGCAAUGGGUGGCCUUCUCUCUGCUCAUCUGUACGCAUCUACCCCACGUCUCGGCCACCAAAUACCAAACUAUGACGGCUUCCUCUUGCACUUGGCAUACGACCUUGCAGAGCGCUUACUCCCGUCUUUCAAAUCGCCUUCAGGCAUCCCAUACCCCCGAAUAAACCUUAAGCAUGGCCUCCAGCCAAAAGUUUACCCAGGAAAUAUUACGGAAACUUGCACCUCCGGCGCAGGCUCCCUUGUACUAGAGUUUGGCCUGCUCUCACGACUCACAGGUGACUAUCGCUUUGAAACAGCAGCAAAACGCGCUUUUUUUGCCCUCUGGCAACGUCGCUCAAAUCUCGACCUAGUUCCUAUGGCUAUCGACGCAGAAUCUGGCCUCUGGCUAGCUCCCAUGACUGGUGUCGGUGCAAGCAUCGACUCCUACUACGAGUAUGCCAUCAAAUACCAUGUCCUCUUCACAUCCCCAGACUUUCUGUCAGUCUUCAACAGAGCACACCGUGCACUUUUAUCUCAUUCCUUUGACGGCUGGCUUUUCCAUAAUGUCAACUUUGAGCGCGGAUCUACCGUCACCUCUUGGAUCGACUCGCUGGCUGCCUUUUACCCCUCCAUCAUGGUUCUGGCCGGCGACCUUGAAAACGCUGUCCGUGCCCAUCUCGCUUACUAUAAGAUUUGGAACACUUUCUCGGCCAUUCCAGAGCGCUGGUACGCUAUUCCGAGAAUAUACUCUUCCCGAUUUACGUCUGAAAACGCUGUCAAUCUUGAGUGGUAUCCUCUGCGGCCGGAAUUCGUCGAGUCAAACUAUUACAUCUACAAGGCAACAAAAGACCCAUUGUUUUUGCAAAUCGGAAAAAGCGCAAUGGAGGACCUUGAAAAAAGAAACAAGGUCCAGUGCGGAUACGCAGGUACCCAAAAUGUCAAAACAGGACAACUAUCAAACCGCAUGGAAAGCUUUUUCCUCUCAGAAACUACAAAAUACCUAUACCUGCUAUUUAACCAAAGCCACCCGCUAAAUAAGGAAUUCUCAAACUCUGUCUUCUCAACUGAAGCCCAUCCGUUUUGGUACGACAAGGAUAUCAUAAAACAUGCAGGUGCACACAACUUUGAACUCCUAAGACGUGUCUGGGAUAAACAGGAACAGCCACCAUUGACUAGUCCAGAAAUUACCAAAGAACAAGCAAAGCUUUUGCGUGAGCUUCUUGAUAGCGAAGAUACACCCUGGUAUAAGAAAAUGACAGUAUCGGUGCUAUGGGGCGACUACCGCAGCUCCUUUGAGAAGCGCCACCAUAAAAGUCUCUUUGCAAGAAUCCUGCGCAGGGCACUAUACUACCUCAAAAAAUUCAACUACCAUUUUGAUUCAUACUUUAUGCCCAGAGUCCUGGACUAUAUAACCAAAAAAAAUGAGUAUGCUAUCCAGCACCAGCACCAGCAGCAAACCCUGGCGGUGCUGCCAGCAAAGCACACUAAACCAUCUGCAUCAUCAACACUGCAUAAAACAGCUGCACUCAAAAAUCAAAACUAUCAUCAUACCCGGUCACCAGCCUAUUCAUACAAUAACCAGUGCGAAGUUUGGCGGCCGUACUCCGUGUUAUACCCUGAUUCGAGUGUUUCCGGUGCCAUUGUGUCAACCCUGCAAAUCCACUCAGGGAUGUACUCGCCCAUUGCAUCUUCGCCACAGUUUUUCCAGCUCGACCGGAUGUACAUGUACAAGCGGCCGCGGUAUUUGCGUAAGUACGUUUCGUUUGAGGAUCGUCCUGGGUUCUGGGACCGCUACAUUGCGCCCGAAGGCCAAUGUCUUGCUCAAACAGCAGAGGCACCUGCAUUAGGUCCACCGGCACAAAAUGCAGGAGAGGUGGAAAUAAUGUUCAUGCUGCAGGAGGGGACCCAGCGCGGGUCGGUGGUGCUGAGAUAUGGAAACGGAACAGUCGAGGCUACCAACUUGAAUGGAAUGAGAAUCAAGUUGAGAGAAAGAGGAAAUGGAGAACCUCCAAAGGAAGAGUAUGUGGAGUACGAGGAAGAAGAAAUUUACGAUGAGGAGGAUUGUGUAUAUGGGGAAGAAGAUGAGGAUCUGGAUGAAAAUAAAGAUGAAGAUGAAGUUGAAGUUGAAGUUGAAGAACAGGAUGUGGAUGACGAUGACAAUGAAGAAGAAUACGAUGAUGAUGAGGACGAAGACGAAGACGAAGACGAAGACGAAGACGAAGACGAAGACGAAGACGAAGACGAAGACGAAGACGAAGACGAAGACGAAGACGAAGACGAAGACGAAGACGAAGACGAAGACGAAGACGAAGACGAAGACGAAGACGAAGACGAAGACGAAGACGAUAAUGAUAAUGAUGAUAAUGAUGAUGAUGAUGAUGAUGAUGAUGAUGAUGAUGAUGAUGAUGAUGAUGAUGAUGAUGAUGAUGAUGAUGAUGAAAAAGAAGACGAAGACGAUAAUGAACUGAAAGAAAUAAAGCCUUUCUCCAAAAGCAUACCCGACCCAGCGUUGCCGCUCUACGAUAUUAUUGUGAUUGAUGGCAUUCGGGUCCCUAAGCGUCUGCGGCUUCAAACCCUUUGGCUCUCGCGCGGCGUCGUAGAGCUCACGCCGCAAGGCCGGGUGCGGAUCCAAAAUUUUACCAUAGAAAAUAUUGACGUGACCAACUUGUACUCAUAA